CCCUUAGAGCUGAAUUAAAUUACUAUUUCGCCGAUAUACUUUAAAAGUGUUUUUAUUAUUUUUUUCUUUUUUUUCAUGUAUUUGUGCUUUGAAACUUUGUAUGCAGUUCGAGUGAUCUCAUAGGCGUUUUAUUUAUUUUUCUUACUCCUUCGUAAUUAAAUUUUUUUUCUAUGGUUAAAGAAAAUUUGCCCCAUUCGUUAUUGAUGGAAGCACGCGGUAACAGAUUAAUCGAUUAAUGAAUUGUGUUUGACAUCGCAAUGAAUAAACACGCACGAGAUCACAAGAGAUUGCAUCCGUAUUUUCUAUUAAUUUGUCAAAGGAAUUCGUUCUUCUUUGUGCUCGCCAUAAUGGGUAUCGCGGAGUGUCCUUUAUCCGAGUCUUCACGGUGAUAUUUAAGAGCAAUAUCAGAAAGCACAGUGCGUUCAAGUAUGACGCCAGAAUUAGACCCUUACCACUACUAUACAAUUUGAAUGAGGCCAAUCACCCAGCCACCGUCUCUGAAUGGGACAUAAUCAGGGUGAGUCAUGUCAUAAUGGAAUAAAUUGUGCAGCUUUGUGCCUUUUUAAAUUGUCCUGCGCCCUCGUUUAAUAAAGGCCCCGAAUAAUCUUCUUUGAAUCAUUGAUCGACGAAGAGACGCAAAUCGGACGAAUCCAAUAAUCGACUGGUAAUUUUUUAAAUCGAAACACGCAUCGUUUAUCUGAUAAGAAACUUAGAAAAGGGUAUCGAGCAAAUUGUAUCGAGUCCAAAGUUUCAUUGUUAUUUAGAAUAGUGACUUUGUAAGACUUGAACUGAAGACAAAGGCAAUAAUGGCAUCAAGCAAUAAUUAGAAUCGUUAUUAAAAGGAAUAAUUUGUAACAAGGAAUACCAUUCUCCAGUAAUUAACAUUGUACGGUCGGGACAUGAAUACACGAUGUUUUUCCUCUUAAACGAUAAGGGCACCUGUUUGACCUCAGUUCUUCUUAUUGUUAGUUUCUAUCGUAGCGAACGUGAGAUACAUCGGAAUAAGCUUUUUCGUAGGUAAAUAUCUGACCUAAAUUUAAAUAGUCGCCAGGUGUAUGUUCAAUUCCCAUGGACAUUAAGAACGAAUUUGGUAUAAAUACCCUUCGAAAGCUUAGGGGAAUCUCAGAUUGGUAUUUAACUCGUCGUCACCACCAAAGGAAAAAGCAAACGAUUUAAAAUGUUCUUGCUUGUCUGUAUUCUGACCACGGUCAAGCUGUUCGAAGCAUCCGCGGCGAGUAUAAAUGAAAUUCCAAAAAUCGUGGGCGGUUCUGCCGCUGAGGAUGGACAGUUCCCGUAUCAAGCUUCCCUUCGCUAUAAGGGACGACAUUUCUGCGGAGGAUCAGUAUUAAACAAGAGGUGGAUAUUGACAGCCGCUCACUGCGUAUCGAGCUUCAACGAUUCUGGGAUAACCGUGGUGUUGGGUACGAACACCUUGGACAAGGGUGGCGACGAAUAUCAAUCUGAAAGAGUGUUUGGUCACCCGAGAUACAGUUCUCUGCUGAUCAGGAACGACAUUGGAUUGAUUAAAGUGAACAAGGAUAUCGUUUUCGGGGAUAAAGUGAAGCCCGUGUCUUUACCCAACGAAAAUUUCAGUAAAAUUGAUUACCCAGCCGAGUUGUCCGGUUGGGGUACCACCAGCUAUCCCGGAGAGGCACCGAACGAAUUGCAGCACAUUGAGCUGAGCGUGAUCGAUCAAAAACAAUGUUUAAACGCCAGCUUUCGUGUCACCAACGACAAUAUCUGCACACUCAACAAGAGGGGCGAAGGCGCUUGUCACGGAGAUUCCGGUGGUCCUCUAGUGGCCGACAAGGUACAAAUCGGAGUGGUAUCUUGGGGAAUCCCGUGUGCAAAAGGUCGUCCAGAUGUCUUCACUCGUGUCUACAGCUACGUCGAUUGGAUAAAGAAGCACACUGAAGACGAUAGUCGUUAGGCCAAAAUACCUACUUCAAGCGUAAUUAAAUAUAUACCGCUCGAUGGGCUUUAUCUUUAAUUUCGCAAAUUGAUUUUCAACUUUAAUAACGACUGGACACAAACUUCUCGAAAUAAAAUUAUUCGCAUGAUUUAUAUCAUAGUACAUUAAUCAGCUAACGAAAAAUGUUAAUUACGCUCCCUCGUGUUGUUUACUGGCCGAUAGUUAAAAUAAGAAAUGACGAGAAAACGGUCGUUAAAGUGGAUCCAUAAACUCGACGAAAGACUAAACAAACGUGCUCGAAUCCAAUACCAAAUCGCGUUGUUCCGUUCGCGAAGCGUCAGUUUGCAAGAAACGAAACUUUUUUUAGCAAAACGAUUUAACGCUUCUUAAUUUUCAAACUUGACGUACGUAUUAACGUUCCACCCGUGAUGUAUGUUUAGUUCCACGCUCAACAGAGCAUCCUACGCUUAUGCAAAUGUGCUUUAAGGUGACACUAAUUUCACUUCUCGUAUGCACAAAUUAAUGUCACACGUAUCUAAUGCGUAGAAUUAGAUAGAAAAUUUAGGUGGCGCGUAACAUUAACCCGCGAAAAAAACAAGUCUGCGUUAUGAACAUGACUGUAAUUGGGUAUAACAAGUAUGCACACGUUGCGCGCGUUAGAAUUACAAUAAUCGUAAAAUUAAAAUUUAGUGUCUACGAGUUUCUGUAUAAAAGAGAUAUUCUUGUUAUAUUAUACAUAUUUAAAUCAUCUUAGAAGAAUCAUUUUAACGUUACAAUAUUUAUUGAAUCUCGCUUAACACGUUGAUCGUCACGUCACUGACGUCACCCAUAUAUGGGUGACAACGCUUUUCACUGAAAAACUACGAAUAUUAAUUCUGAAAGUUAACUGUCACAGAAAAUGAAUUUAAAUGAAAUACUUGAACUUUGAUGAAGUUACAAAACUAAAUACCACAAUAAAUGUUUCAUUACGCAGUUUCCAAUAGUCUGUAAACAAAGUUUAAUCACAGUAGAAAUUUUCAAGAGUAUUAGUCUGGCAGUGAACGUGUUAAAAUACGUACCCUUGUAAAAUCAGCCAGAAGCAAGAAAUCUUCGCAAAUUCGGUCAAGUGCUUGGAAUGGC